AUGGGCAGCCACCAAACCACCAAGACCAUGCCGAGUCUUCUCACCGGUCUGCCUAAUCAAGACAAGACCUGGUUGAUGAGAUUGAACAAAGGAAAAGGGAAACACGGCCAGGGCCCAUUCCGGGGGUUACGUUUCACCGCAUCUCGCUUUCGACGCGUGAUCCUCGGACUCCAAAUCACUUCUCAUCUUUUUCUUCUUUUGUUCCUUUGUCUUCCUGGGUGUUGCCGUCGCUGCAGAACUUUGAAUGAUCCACACCGAGGGAGAGAGAAAGGGGAAAGGAGAGUCAUGGAGAGAAAGGGAAGAGACAAAAAAAAAACAGAGAAACCCAGAAAAAAAAAUUGUAUUGUCAAUACUAUGGAGUAUCCGGGUAGCAUGGCGGCCUUGACGUGCCCGACGGUCUGCAGAUCACCGGCAGGUGAGAGAGAGCCUCCCAGCCUGGGCUAUGUGUCCCGCUCUCGAAGAGGGUCUUCCCACUUUGGACAAACGAUUGUCAGCUGA